CCGGGAGGCGGCCGGCCACGCUGACAGCCGGCCCCGCCGCCUCCCCCGCCCCGCCAGCGGCGCCCACCCUCCGCGCAGCCCCUCGCCGGGGCCCGCCCGCUCCCGCCGCCCCGGGAGCUCCGCGGAGCGCUGAGCGCCCGCCGGGGAGCAGCCGCCGGCGGCCGCAGCGAGGAAGAAAGUUAAAACGGUGGCGGUCGCGCACCUACCCGCUGUCUGUAAUGUCUCCUCCGGGCGCGGGGUGCUAAGACGAGGUGAAAUCCCUUUGCUGGUCAUGAGGCGGCUUCAGAGACAAACAACACAAUGCGAGUGCAAAUAACAAAAGGCACAAAAAAAAAAAAAAAAAAACCACAACAGGAGAGGGAGACCGGGAACAAUGGGGGAGGAGAGGCUCGCCUUGCCGCGCCGCGCCUGGCCGCCGCCGGCACCCCGGCAGUCAGGAGGAGGAGGCGGAGGAGGAAGGCGAGGUGGCGGCAGCGGGGAGGGGGCUGCGCGGGGAGUCCCCCCGGCGCGCCGGGGCACCCUCAGACCAACCCCGACCUCCUCGCCGGCUGCCGCCGCCCGCCCCGCCGCGCACCGGGGCGGCCCUGCGCGGCGGCGGGGCGGCCAACGCUGUUUGGGAGCAAGUCCUUAUGCCGGCGGGGUGCGACGCGCCCCGGUGCGCACCCGCGGAGCCCGGACGCGGGAGGAAGAAGCGGCGCGACCCGCGGCCGCAGCCCGGGGCCGGGGGAGGAGGAGGGAGGUGACCGCCUCCGCUGCUAAUAAAGUCACGCUCUGCAACGGUGAAGCCGGCUAGACGGGGUUUGAGCCCGAGUGGGAAACGCAGAACUACGCACCCUGAGCCAAAUUGUUCAAAGAAGAGCAAGUUCAGUUAUUAUUCAUCUCCACGAGGGAAGUCUUAUCUUCUACAAAUAUUUGAUACUGGGACAAGUCCAAUAAUUAACAAGAACAAUCAAACAAUUUCACUGCCUUCUCGGGGAUUUAAAAAGUCAUCAUCUGGAAUUCAUGAGCAUUACAACUUUUUUUUUUUUUUCUUGCUUGGAUGCAUUACUGUAUAUGAUCUUUU